UCACCCGCCUCUCCGAGGUCCAGGUUUUAAGCUUCAGGUGUCUAGGUGGCAAAGCAUCUCCUCCGAAUGUAUCUGUAGCAAGCGGAUCAAGUCGGAAAAAAAAUGGCAAACCCACUAGGGUACGUUUUUAAUUGACCCAAAUAAGCCUUCAAGGGUGGUUCGAACUGCCGUUCAAGGUAACACACAUUUUGGACUUUAAAUUUAAUUAAAUCGUGCCGCUCCGGUGAAAAUUGCGGAAGGACGACGGAUUCGAAGGAAAAUCACAGAUCCGCGUGGCUCUGGAUUGAAGCGCGACUGACUCAUGCAGACAAAUGACUCAGAUACGGCGUUCUCAGUCUUCCAUCUCUUUGCAAGUAUUCCUUCUGUAUAAGUGGUUUGCUCGACGCUUUACAAUCCUCCGCGAGGGUCUCGACUUGAGUUCCGUGUGAAAAUGCAGUCACCAGUUUUCCACACAACAAGCGGAAUAAACUGCUUAAUUUCACUUCCUGGAGAGCUCCAAUUUUCAGACAAGCACACAAGUGAGCGGAGAUGCAGCGAGUGAGGAACCCAAAAUAUAUCUAGUAUUAGAAGAGUGUUAACUGACGACUGUGGAGCUGAAUCAGAUUCCCCUUUUACUGUGACCCGUAUCAUCCUAACCCUCGCUGACAGCGAUAAAACCUUGGUGGUGCCGAUUGUUUCACGUUCCCACCAAAAAGGGGUAGUUUAACCUGCUACCCGAAGCGUCAGACCACAGGCAAACCUUGCCCUUCCAUCUUUUGACAUGGCACGUGAGAAUCGAAUUUUCACCACCAUCGAUAUACACAGUUAUAUGGAAGCAGAGAGCGAGUUAUUUACAUUACAGAGUCAUCCGGCCAACAUGUCCAUUUGUUUCCGGUUGCUGAAAUGGCCAAUAAAGGAGCAAUGCGGAGAAAGCAUGGGAAUUUCUCCUAGACGAUGUAAGUAUAUGUUCGGGUUUCAUUUCUGACCAACGAUUCCGUUUGCUUAUUGGUUGGUUUACCAGCCUACUUUAAUUGGUGCCUGUGGCCAAGAGCACACGGUUAAACCUUACCUUGGUAAUCAUCAGAUGGCUGCUACGACAUCGCACCGUUUGCUGUUUAUAGCGUGGGUCAAGCACAGUCAAGGCGUCUAUGUAUGCCACAAGUCAACAGAAUAUUUAAACUUCGUCGAAUGAUCCGACGAAUUUCGGCUUAUAUAAGAAGCCUUAGCGAAAUUUAAACCGAACUGGUAGUGAGUAACUUGGUCUACGGACAAAUUCACUUUGCUCCCUUCGAUCAAGAUAAAAUGACCAGAUAGUGAUAAUCAAGAGCAAAACAUCGAAUCAACUUAAGAGCAGUGCACUCGUUAACAAAAUUGUUGAUGCUACCCCCUCUAACAUGCACAGUGUCAUGCGGUAACAUAAGACUUACUACCGUUUAAGGCUCUCUCACCACUCCUAUUUCUCUCCAGGGCCCAAGUCUUAGCGUCUAUUUCAAGAAAUCACCUCAACGUCGUAUCUCCCUGUCCACGACCCUUCGGCUAGCCUGCAAAUGUCUCGACGCCAUUGAGGCCGUGCAUUCAGUCGGCUAUUUGCAUCGAGACAUUAAGCCUGGCAAUUUUACCAUUCGGACUGAUGAUCCGCACGAGGUCUGCAUUUUGGAUUUUGGCCUCUCACGGAAGUUCCUCUCCAGUGACCCUCGUCGGACCAUACGGGAGCCGCGCAGCGAGGUCUCCUUUCGAGGCACGGUGCGCUACGCCUCCAUAAACGCCCACGAAGGCCGGGAGCUCGGUCGCCAUGACGACAUCUGGUCUCUCCUCUACAUGCUCAUUGAAUUUACCAGCUCCGCUCUGCCCUGGUCUAAGAUAACCGACAAGCGAGAGGUCGCGGAACAGAAGCGUCGUUUUGACCUACGCGGUUACGCGAUUUCCGCCGGUAUGCCUGCGCCUAUAGUCAAUCGCUGGGCCUCCCACCUGGAAUCUUUGGACUACUUCACGGCGCCUGGGUAUACCUGCCUAAAAGCGGUUAUAAUAGACUGGAUGAAAGUUCAAGGCGUGAGCUGGGAUGACCCCUAUGACUGGGAACGCAAUUAUUCGAACAUUUAUUCCAAGAACUCAUCAGGAACUCGAUCUGCAAACAACCGGUUCAAAUCAAGGAGAGCUACUGACACUGAUGACACACGCGCGGAGUGUGCUACCCGAUUUUCCAAGGCCGGUGAUCCGACUACCCUUGCUUAUAGUCUGCCCACAGAUCGCGCCAAUCAGAACGGCGACAAGACUCAGGGUGAUGAAGAGGAGUUUGAAAAGAUUUUCCAGGCCGAUGGACGCGGUGAGCGAACCUCCUCAUUGUCUGCCAUUUAUACGCUUUUUCUGUUUUCCAAACAGGUUGUUUUGGCAUUUGCCACCUACUUCCAGCUCCAGUAAAUGCGUUCGUCGUGUUUACAGUAGUAAACUACCCGGUAGCCGAUUCAGGUACCUGUGUUGUAACUGAAAUGGCUGCGUAAUAUGCUGUUUAGGGGCAUCAGGAAAAGGAAUUAACGCUAGAACUGAACAACCCAAACUCUAAAAAGAUUUACAGGUCCAUAUUUACGUCAUCGGUCUUGUACUCUAGCAGGUUUACUUGAUGGUAUCUUCUCCCAGAUGCGUGAGUUGGAAGUUCUGUUGUUUGUAAGUUCUCUGCGCUAACUACUCCUCCGAUUUUCGGGACGAACUCUCAACGUGUGCGUGUUGGGGAUUUGCAGGUUAAGGAGACUACCAUAUUUGAUACAAUCUCCCUCUCAGACUCUUCCUUCUCCCCAUUCCGUACAUUCGUGAUUUCCAAGGUAUCCAAUACGAAAGCUUUAUAAAUUACAAUACGCAAGCAAUGUUUCAGGAAAUACACACACACGACAGUUCGACCAUCGAUUUCGAUGAUGUCCACCGUAUGCCCCACAGACUGCAUUGUGGGAGCAGGGACGGUGACUUACGCAGGGGUUUCAAGUGCCAGUAG